AGCAGCUACCUUCAAUACCUCAUAUUAUCUUUCUCACACCCUCUCUCUAUUUUUCUUUCUCUCUUUAUCUCCAAGGGAAAAAAAAAAUGGACAAAAGGCCAUGCAUCUCCCAGGAAGCUGAAGUGAGAAAAGGGCCGUGGACCAUGGAAGAAGACUUGAUCUUGAUCAACUACAUCGCUAAUCAUGGUGAAGGUGCAUGGAACUGUCUCGCUAAAGCUGCUGGUCUGAAACGUACUGGAAAGAGUUGCAGGCUCCGAUGGCUCAACUAUCUGCGCCCAGACGUUCGAAGAGGGAACAUCACUCCUGAGGAACAGCUCUUGAUCAUGGAACUGCAUGCUAAGUGGGGAAACAGGUGGUCAAAAAUCGCAAAGCAUCUUCCUGGAAGGACUGACAACGAAAUAAAGAACUUCUGGAGGACUAGAAUCCAGAAGCAUAUUAAGCAAGAAGAGGCAUUUUCUGGGCAGAGUAGUUCUGAGAUAAACGAACAUGCAAGCACAAGCCUGCAGGCCUCUUCUAUGAUGGAGACCUACUAUCCUUCAUCUUGCCAAGAAACUGUGGAGGCUUUUCCUGCAGAAACCUUAGCUCCUGAGUGCAGUGAUAACUACUGGAGCAUGGAAGAUCUCUGGUCCAUGCAGUUACUUGAUUAAAUUCCAACGUUGAUCUGUGCUAUGAUCCAAAAACUCUUACUCUCAUCAUCUGGAUCGGAAUUAGGUUUGUUCAUAAUUGGGACCUGCACUCUUAGUAUUUUGUUAUAUUGGCUUGUAAUCCAACCAUAUAUAUAUAUAUAUAUAUACAUACACUAUGCAUCCACUAUAUACAGAUCAAUUAUCAUAUUAUGGAUAUUAUGUGCAUAGCUUUGAAUUAAUAUUCGAGACUUUGCUUAUAGCUGAUUUUCUUAAAUAAUAAGUAAGAUUAAGUUUAAUUA